AACAUGUCAGUACACAUAGGUAAAAAUACAGUUGUUGGGAUGACAGGGAAAAGGUUUUAAAUCUAAACUGGCUAGUUUAUCUGCAUUAACAAAAUUUGGUACUCAAGUAACUGUCUAAGCAAUACUAUCUAUUGUAGCCUAGUUCUUUCAACUACAGUCUCAAGGAAAUUUUAGUAGAAAAUCUUAUAAAUUCAAUAUUCUUAUGAAGAGUUCAAUUAUAAAUCAAAUGGAAUAUUUUCUCUUCAUUUUAUGACUCGUGUGUACUGUAAAUCUGGCCUAUAUCAUCUUUAAAUCAGCUUUAAUAUAUGAAAAAAAAACUUGGAAUUGCAUUAAGUCCCCAAGGAAGAAGUACCUUUAAAAUUAAAAGGUUCCUUACUACAAAGAAAAGUAGUUACAUUAUUUCAGUAUAAAGCACCUUAUCCAAGGAUUAAUUCUCUGAAACCCUUUCACAACCUGAUUAGACAUGUCAGCAGGAAUUAACCUUGAGUGCUUCCUGCUGAGAUUCUACUUUAGGGCAAGAAAAGAUAAUUCAUUUCUGUUAUUUCAGUGAGAUUAUGAAAUCGUAAUAAUUUUUAGGUGUUUUCAUAUUGAUGAAGCAGUUUUUUCUCUAAAGCCAUUCUUUCAAAUUUAGAAAAAAUAUGACAACUAUAAAAUCUAAUUAUUUAAACCCAAUUAUAUUUAACUUUUUGGUAAAUUGACCUAACCAUAGAAUCCUUAAAUGGUUUAAAGUUUGUCAUUCAAUAUCAAAAACUCAUUAAUUGCAUAGUUGUUUGAUAACCUAUUUGGUGUUACAGAAAGUAAGACAAAACAAAGUUGACUCUUGCCUUGAGAUCUGUGUGACCUAAGACAAUGCUAAUGGAGACUUUAAGGACAUACAGCAUAAAUAUUCAUUAAAUAAUGAAUUCAUAGACCAUGUUUGUGAUGGUUAAUACUGUCAACUUGGAUUGAAGCAUGCAAAGUAUUGAUUCUGGGUGUCUGUGAGAGUGUUGCCAAAGGAGAUUAACAUUUGAGACAGUGGGCUGGGGAAGGCAGACCCACCCUUAAUCUGAGUAGGUACCAUCUAAUCAGGUGCCAGCAAAUAUAAAGCAGGCAGAAAAACAUGAAAAGGCUAGACUGGCCUACCCUCCCAGCCUACAUCUUUCUCUUGUGCUGGAUGCUUCCUGCCCUUGAACAUCAGACUCCAAGUUUUUCUUCAGCUUUGGGAUUCAAACUGGUUUUCCUUGCAUCUCAGCUUGGAGAUGGCCUACUGUAGGACCUUCUGAUCGUGUGAGUUAAUACUUAAACUUCCCUAUGUAUAUAUGUGUGUGUGUGUAUAUAUAUAUAUGAUAUAUAUGAUUGAUAUAUGUAUAUAUCAUAUAUAUAUAUCAUAGAGAGACAGAGAGACAGAGAUCAGUUCUGUCCCUCUAGAGAACACUGACUAAUACAAUGUUGUUGUGUUCAUCUUAAUAAUUGCAAAGCACUUGUCAAAAAUUUAAUGCUAACUGAUAGAAAUAACCUACACGAAAUCUAAUGAGGCCUACUUACCCAGGGAUAAGUGAUUCACCUGACAAUAGGCGUCACAAGUCUUAACUCCCAUUUUAUUAGUCCUAUCCAGAGACCACAUUUUCUGUUUAAGCAAUACUUAGGUGCACAUCUCUCAGCAAACACAAAUCAAUCGGACAGUUUAGCACUACUCAACCAUAAUGAACUCUUGUUGAAAAAUAGUCUGUCCCUAGUUGUGUCUUGUAGUGAGAAGAGAUUCCAAUCUUCAUGUCAGAAUGGCACCUAUAUGAGUCAAAAUGUCUAAAUGAAAUAAUUUGCAUGGAGCAAAGUCAAAUACUUAUGUUUUAUUUUUAAAUUAUCCUCUAUUUGCAAUUAUACUUUAAAAUGUAUCCCCUUCUCUAUCCUCUUACGAAGACUGGACAGCCUCCACAGAGAUGGCUGGACAAAGCAAGGGUAAACUUAGGUAAGACACCAUUUCUCGUUACUCUGAAAUCCCUGCAAAUGUAGUUAUUCCAGAGGACACUGGGCAAUGACUGAUAGGGUUUAGCAUCCUACCUGCAGGGAAACUGCCAAUUCCAGCUGUAAAAUGGACAAAUAUCCAGUUAUUAUUUUUUAGCAUCUUACAACUUAGCUAAUGUAACAGGAUUUACAGCCAAUUGUACAUGAAAGUUUAAUUCUGUGUCAGAUAAAGCAUAUCUUUGAUGCAGAAAUAGAGACAGCAUUAGGCCUUAUCUGGUUAAAAGGUUUUUGCCAUUCAUUCAUUCAUUCAAACCUAUGCUUACUGAAUACUGACUAAAUGCCAGGGGCUUAUUAAGAGACAUUUAAAUAAGAUGGGAUCUUUGACUAUUACAGGUUUCAGCCUAGGGCUAAAUUAGGAGAGACAACAAGGUAUUCAAAUAAAUGUAAUUAAGAGUAAUGGUUCUGUGUGUGUGUGUGUAUGUGUCCAAGAGGCUGCAUCUCUAGGAUGGAACAGCUAUAAAAUUUUGAUAAUGAUAUCCAUUUUGCAGGGCUAUUGUAAUGAGCGCUCUUAUACAUAUGCUAUCUAUUAAAUAACUAUAAUUUCUCAUCUUUCUGUUCCCACUUCCCUUAACAGUGGUUUGCAUAUUUAACUCAAUAAGCAUCUACUGAAUGAACUGGUCUGUUGAUGUAAGUAUCCUCAAUAUGGUCUUGCUCUUGGUAUAUGUUUCUUGCCUUUUUGAUGCUUUAGAAGGCUUUCAAAGUAAGCAGGGAACGUGAUGAGUAGACAAGGGAAUUUUCACACACAUAUUAUCUGAUUUAGGAUCCUACAUGAACUUGGUAUAUACUGUCAAUAAUCACUUAUUUAAAAAUCAGAUUUUUAAAACUGGAAGCAACUCUUUGAUCAUCUAAUCCAUCUAGUCUACAUCCUUCCUUUUACAAAUGAAGAAUCCAAGAGCCAGAAGCUUUCAGACAUCCUGACUCAAUAUCCCGUAUUGAUUGCAUAGCCUCCUUUGUGGAAGUUAUGUAUGCUUUUGACUUUACUUAAUCUAAGACAUUUAUUUUCCUUGAACUCUUGAUGGGUCUGCUGGUUCCCUCAAGGGAAUCCAACCUAGCUGGAUUUUAAUCUCUUUGAAUUGUGGCCUCAGCUAUAAAAGUUUUAGCUGAGGUUUUAAUGGCUGCACUUAAGUAAAUGUAACAGAUACACCAGGGGGUGUUCCAAUUACAUACACCAUUAAAGGGCUUUAUGUGAGGAUUUGAAAAAAUUACCAUUAAAAAGAAAGCAUAAUCCAUGUGCAGUAUAAUUUACCAGCAGGAAAGAUUUCAAUGUCCUGGAAAAGUUCCCUAUAAAAAGGAAGAUAGGAAAUUAGAAAAGUCACAGUGCUCAACAUACUUCAAGGGGAUCUUGAAGGGUUUUUGCCUCUAAGAAGCUCUCUGCCUCUAAACAGGUAAAAGUCUUUGUAUUAUUUCUAGCAUGAGUUUUUCUUUUUUAGAUUGCAUGCUAUUGUAUGUCUAUAGGGCAUUUGACAGCCCAAGGGCUAGAUCCAGGUGUAACAGUAUCUAAUGAAGUUCUGUCCUUCACCGUCCUUGCCAUCACCAGUCACAGAGAUCCAGCCUUUGGGGAAUCCCACAGCUUAUCAACCAGUAUUUGAUUUAGUCUUUAGCCUCUUUGCCAUCAAAUGAAAAUUAACUUGGAGAAACAUUUCAUUAGAUAAUUUCAGGUCCACUUGGCUAGGAAGGCAUCUGGUCUGGGACUAACUACUUCGAACACUGUUGAGUCCUCUCUCCUACAUAUGGUCCAGCCAGCAGUAAUGCUAGGAAGACUGAAGGAUAAACAGAAAAAUGUCCUUAGUACCAUGGGGUAGCCAUUUAAUGUCAAGCAACUUUAUAUUAGCCAGAUAUUCCUAGUAGAAGCUACUUUUCAUAAUAGAUGGCUCAGUUCCCUUUAUCUCAGCAAUGAAAGAGUUGAAGACCAAUCCACAGCAGGAAGAAUGUUAAGCCAAAAAUGGUGAAUUUGAUAAGGGAUGAAUUAUGGGGUUUGGAUAACCAAACAAUAAAAGUAUAGUCUGUUUUAGCACUAAAAAGUCCUGAACACGUGAGCUUAAAGUACUAAUUUUGUCCCCAUUGGCUAAGAAACUCAAGGCAAACCAGCAGGCGUUGCCUUGAGUUUCUGAGUUUCUUGAGACUGUGUUUCAGUGUCUGUGUGUAAAAACGGUGACUGAGUUUCUUGAGGCUGAGUUUCAGUGUGUGUGUAAAAAUGGUGACUCUGACUUCGUCCUCUGCAGGGUUAAUGAUAGAGAUGCUAGCCGUUUCACAGAAGAGGUCUUUAGUUUCUACUCAACCUUGUGUGGAUCUAAUUUGAUUGUGCAUUCAUGUGCCUUAGAAUGGAGCUGAUUCCAAAACUCCUAGCAGGCCUUAUUCUGCUGACUUUGUGUGUGGUGGGCUGCUCCAGCCAGCACUGGUCCUAUGGACUGCGCCCUGGAGGAAAGAGAGAUGCCGAGAAUUUUAUUGAUUCUUUCCAAGAGAUAGUCAAAGAGGUUGGUCAACUGGAAGAAACCCAACACUUCGAAUGCACUGUGCACCAGCCACAUUUUCCCCUUCGGGACCUAAAAGGAGCUCUGGAAAGUCUGAUUGAGGAGGAAACUGGGCAGAAGAAGAUUUAAAUCCACUGGGCUGGAAGGAGUCACCAUUACUAACGUGACUAAAGUAUAAUUCUGACAUUGACAUUUAUAACCCACGAAAUACCUGUAAAUUGUCUUAAUUUCAGUAAUCCUUAUACCAAGUCACACACAUUCCAUAAUAAAGUGCUGUGCUGUGAAUUAA